AUGAAACCAACCGACUUACAAUGUUCCUAUGAGCAAUUUGCACGCCGCUAUCUCCCCAAUCCACCAGACUCACCUACGUUCGAGCUGGGUGGGGUCCGUGGGGAAUUGGCUCAGCUGUUGGACGGGCAACGAGAAGGCGCCGAGGAUUCGGAAUUAUACAAUGUCAUGGAGAGCACCCUAAAUUCCUGGCUCAAAGAUACUGGCUUUACAAUUGUCCUCAGCACAGCCGGUGAACCCGACUCAGUCUGGCAUCCAAAGACACGUAUCAACGGAGGAUUAUACAAGAUUCAGGAGGCACCAUCGAAAGGCGAACUGCCGGACUGGGAUUCCGUGCAAGUAGGCGUCGGUGCGAUAUCUCCACACAGGAAGGACUUCUUCAGUGACUUGGUGCCAAAAACCCAAAACCACCCUACCGACUCUGAUGUGCCUGCUGCAAGCCAGGAAGCAUUUGAGCAAGCCAAGUCGUACUCCCUCAUCCCUUUUAUCCUUCAACAUCGUACCCACCACUUCACGGUCUUCCUUUUCGGCGCUUUGGCUCGUAUUGUUCGAUGGGACCGGGCUGGCUUCGUGUUCACAGAAGCCUUCAACUAUCUCGACUAUCCUGAACGAUUAUGUGAUUUUCUCUGGCGCUACAUUCACUUGUCUCCCACUGGCAGGGGCUUUGAUAGCUCUGUCCAGAGGGUUCUCAGCGAAACACCUGAUUGGGACUUGAUCCAGAGGCGCGCGGACUCCCCCCGGAAUCUUGAGGGCCACGAUGUGGACGAGCACAUCAGGUCGUUGUUUCAGGAGACGAUCAGGGCUGGCCACAGGUACAAGCUCCACGUCCAAGGCCGAUAUUUCUUCGUCGGUCGACCACACGUCCGCUCAGGCAGAACGCGUGGCUACAUCGCGAUCGACGCUGCAGACCCAUACGGGCCGUUCGUCUUCCUCAAAGAUACCUGGCACAUCUUACGAGGUGAUUUGAAGAAGGAAGGCGAUGUCCUGGAAGAACUGAAUAGCGCUGAUGAGCAACCGCAGAGGGGUAGAAAGUACAUCCCGAGUUUGGUUUGUCACCACGACGUUGAAGGAGAGUGGCAGAAAACCGACUCUCAAGACUUCUGGUACGAGCUCAGCCGCAACGAGAAUGCUAAAUGCCCCUUCAGGCCUCGGCAACACUACCGUCUGGUCGUGAAGGAGGUCGGUCUGCCUAUUAGCAAGUUCAGGAACGGGCGCGAGAUGCUCACUAUCAUCUCGCAUGGUGUUGCCGCGCAUGGCUAUGCCCACAAGAAAGGGUACAUGCACCAGGACAUUAGCGAGGAGCGCCACGGACUCCUGGCAGACUGGGAAUUGGCGGAGAAACUUACAGACCAGGGUCCACGGCAGCCGGAACGGACAGGUACCUGGCAAUUCCUCGCUGUCGACAUUCUCAACAACCCCUCCAAGCCAGUCGAGGUCUGGCAUGAAAUGGAAUCGUGGUUUCAUCUCACCCUCUGGCUUGCGGUCCAGUACUUGCCACACAACGUCCAGAAUGUUGCCGUGUUUAUGUCGGAAUUUUUUGAUGACGCUGCAAAACCAUAUGAUGGUUCCACCCAUUACAAAUGCGGCGCAUUGAAGAGAACUAGCAUGCAAACAGGCACCAUAUGCUUUGCUGAUGGAACACCCUUCGAGUUUGGCCCCAAGGACGAUCCCUUCGCCCCUUAUGGCAUGAACGAUGUCCUUUCCGCCCUUGCAGAAACCUUCUCAUAUCGCUACAAAGAGAUCGCACCUCGCCCUCGCAGAGUUUCGAAAAUACUGCCUGCACCUGAUCUGACCCCGGAGGAGAAGGAAGCCGCCAAGGUGCUCGAUGAUCAAGUCCGUUUCGAAGAGCUGCUCCUCGAGUAUAUAAACGGCCCCGGCAGGCCCGAAAAUGACAAGACUGAGCCUCAGGUCUCCCUGAGUGAACGGGAGCCAUUCCCUUCAAGCUACCGCACUCGCAACGAUAAGCGACCACGACAGGGGACUUGA